AUGGCCAUCACCACCAAGGCAAAUCGCACCCACCAGCAAUCAUUGUGGAUAAAUGGGGGUGGGAUACAACAAAUGUGUCUUCGUCGCCAACGCGUGCCUUGUGUCAUCAUCAGCAGUGCGCUGUGGAAAUCGCUGCUCCAGAGACAAACCGAGUAUAUUUUCGCUGCCUUGGAAGGGUCUGGCGAGGAAGGAAUUCGAGGAACAAAAGGAACGGAUCUGCAUCAGAGCCACUUGUUGUACCCAAGCGGCAAAGAAACCUGCUGGGGCGCGGAUUCAAUGUUAGAAGAGGUGGUGUUUGGGUCCCAAGGAUCCACUGAAAAUGCGACGAAGGCGCACAUAUAG